AUGAAGCUAACUUCCAAGAACGCCAGUGGUUUCACGUCGUUGCUUGAGCUUCCGCUGACACAAGCAGUGGAGCUUCUCCAUUUCAAUGAUUCGUCAUCCCUCUUGGAGGGCAUAGCUCGCUCCUCGGUGAUUGCUCAUAAGCUAGGUACCUUCUACUCCGAUUCUAAUCUGGAUAGAGUCAACACCGAGCCUGGUGAGACAGAUUCAUCUCAGCCUUUGGUUUCUGAUCAAGAGAAAAUAACUCGACAAGAAGGUGAGACACAAUUUAUAUUUGACAAGAUAAGCAGCAAAGAGAUUCCAUCCACUGUGGUUAAUGAAGAUGACAAGGUUUUAGAAUUUAGGGACAUAACUCCCCAGGGUCCUGUUCGCAUCCUCAUUAUCCCAAAAGUGAGGGAUGGCUUAACUGGCCUCUCUAAGGCUGAGGAGAGGUACAUCAAUAUCUGGGGCCGCCUUCUCUACACUGCCAAGUUUGUAGCAAAACAAGAAGGCCUAGAUGACGGUUUCAGAAUGGUGAUCAACGAUGGUCCUCAAGGCUGUCAAUGGGUGUAUUCAAUUCAUGUUCAUCUCAUUGGAGGACGCCAAAGGAACUGGUCUCCUGGCUAA